AGAAUGUUAAACGAUGGUUUUGAAAGCGGAGAACGUCAUCUGCGCUUGGCUGACAGGGAAGCUGCCCGGCCCUCGGUGCAGCAUUUGUGGAUGUACAGCUUCGUGCCAGGAGCGCCGAUGUGUGCACAGAGCUUCUAGAAACAGCGGUUCCUACUGAGCAGAAAGCCUUCACUGGCAUGUGCAGCUAACUGUGCUUUCUGUGCUUUGCCUCUAAGUACCUUGUUGCAUCACUUGACUGUUCCAGGCACAGUGUAAAAGCCAUCGAUUCCAUUGCCAAUGGUGCAGCCCGCAGAGGACACUGGAGGUUGGACUCAGUGCUCCUUCCAACGCAGGAUAUGCUGUGAUUCUCUGGCCUGUGCCUUCUGCUUCGUGCUGGGGCCUCGCUGCUUCCUGCUUUCUCCAUCAGUAAGGGGACACAGGGAAAAGUCAGCUGUGUGUGUACCAUGUUUUACAUGAUUAAUUUGUGAAAUCUUGAGCAAAAGAGGAUGGAAUGAUAGUGGGAUGAAAGGUGCAAGAGUUCUGGAUCUCUGCUGUUUUCUGCAUAACGUAUUCUCUAAGUUUCAAAACCACGGAUUGAUUUUUGACUGUUGAACGUGUUUCCUCUUGAAACAACAUUAGAUGGUUUUAUGGUCUGCGUUUAAUUCAAAGUGUUAAUUAUAAGGUGUUCAUCAUAAGCAGCUAGCAGAGUGAGGGCAAUAUUUCAGGCUGUGGUAAGAGGCUCAUCACCAGGAAUGCAAAGGAGUGCAGAGGCACGACAGUAGUGGUGGUGGAACCAUGGGGGAACCAUGAAUCUCAUUAGAGGAAUUAGAGAUUAGUGUUUGUGUCCUGUCACAGGACAGCCAUCGGCCCCAUUGCCCAGGGUGUGACACACAGCAUGUCAACAGGCUUUCUGGAACAGCUUACAGGGUUGAGAGGGGUAACUGCCAGCAGAGCAUGGGUCGUCUUAUGGGAUGCAGGAGAGGAGCAUCUUGUGAUUGUAUAGAGCUUCUUACAGAUGCUUAAGGGAGGGACCAGAGGAGGGGAGCAAGGUGGUUUGCAGAGCAACAAUUAUGGGAAAAUAGAUGGAAAAGAGGAUAAAAAGGCCCAGUCAAGUGCAAACAAACACUGGUCAGCAUGUUUGUCUGGUUGUAUCCUAUACUGGAUUUCUGCAGCCUGUUCCUUUUUGUCAUUAAGCUCCAUAUAUAACUGUUCUCCUGGAAGAGAGGACUCUGUAUUCAUAUGUGAAGUCUCAGUGCCAGCAACAGGAAUGAUACUGUAAGCUGUAGGGACCUCUGUGACUGAUGAGAGAGAGAGAGAGUCUAGGUGCCACCAGCUGGGUUGGUGACCUGGAGAGAGCAGAGCACAUGUGUGUUGGCAGGUCUGCCACUAUAUGGUUGCUCGUGAGCAUUGGGCUGGGCUGGAUGGUGAGUAGGACAGCGGGCCCGGGGCCAAGUAUGAGUGCAACUGGGUGUGGGCACAGUGCUAGUGAGAUGAGGGGAUAUUUGAGCUGGCAGUGAGAGAGAUCAGAAGAGAAUAUGAGGUUUGAAAAUUGUUUUAGGGGCCCAUUGGUGUACGUGUGUGAGAGAGGUGACCGGAUACAAAGGCUGUCUGGGUACUGGAUAGGUGGAGCAUCUGGGGCCGUUCAGUGAGGAAUCUGUGGUGCAUCCAUGGGGAGUUGGCACUGUGAAUCAUGAUGAGAUCUGAACCAGGAAUGGGAGGGGGUCUGUGGGGAGACCAGCAGUUCCUGGUUAGAUCGAGUCCCUGUAGAGAUCCGCGUUGUGCAUAUGCUCGUAUUUCACACUAACAGACCUUUGUCUUGGCCAGGGAACAGCGUGAGGUGUUGUGCAUGUGUGCUGUACAGCCUCAGCCUUGCUGCUGCUGGUGCCUGGGACAAGAAGCUGCAGCAGCCUCGGGCUGGCGUGACCGGCAGCACCCAGCAGCGUGUUACCUUCAGGAAAUGGCCUCUUCUAAGUCUUUGAUGAACCUUCUGACCUUCAGUUUUGGAUCUGCAAUAGGAUUUUUUCUAUGCUAUCUCCUGUUUAGCAUGAUACUAGAAGAACAGGUUGAGAUCCAACCUCGUAUUCUUCACAAUGAUCCACAUGGUCAACACUCAGAAGAUACUGAUAACAAUCAGCUGCAAGGACAAAUGAAUUUCAAUGCGGACUCUGGACAGCAUAGAGAUGAGAAUAAAAAUGUUGCAGAUGGACUCUAUCAGAAGGUGAAAAUACUUUGUUGGGUCAUGACUGGACCUCAAAAUCUGGAGAAGAAAGCCAGACAUGUUAAAGCCACCUGGGCCCAACGUUGCAAUAAAAUACUUUUUAUGAGCUCUGAGGAAAAUAAAGACUUCCCAACAGUGGGCCUAGAAACCAAAGAAGGCAGGGACCAACUUUACUGGAAGACUAUAAAAGCUUUUCAGUAUGUUUAUGACCAUUAUCUUGAUGAUGCUGAUUGGUUCAUGAAAGCGGAUGAUGAUACGUAUGUUAUAUUGGACAAUUUAAGGUGGCUUCUUUCAAAGUACAGUCCUGAACAGCCGAUAUACUUUGGAAGAAGGUUUAAGCCUUAUGUGAAACAGGGCUACAUGAGUGGAGGAGCGGGGUAUGUUCUGAGCAAAGAAGCUCUGAAAAGAUUUGUGACUGCUUUUAAAACCAACAAAUGCUCUCAUAGUUCCUCUAUUGAAGACUUAGCACUAGGAAGGUGCAUGGAGAUCAUUAAUGUAGAAGCAGGAGAUUCCAGGGAUACAAGUGGUAGGGAAACAUUUCAUCCCUUUGUUCCAGAACAUCUCUUAAUCAGAGGAUACCUACCAAAAACAUUCUGGUACUGGAAUUACAAUUAUUACCCUGCUGUAGAGGGCCCUGGAUGCUGCUCUGACCUUGCGGUUUCAUUUCACUAUGUUGAUUCCAUGACAAUGUAUCACUUGGAGUACUUGGUUUACCAUCUCCGUCCAUAUGGGUAUUCGUAUCGGUACAAUCCUGAUUCGGCAAAGAGCCCGGGGGAGCAGAACAAAAAUGAAGCACUAGAGGAUAAUCCAAAGCUAAAGCAAAAGACUUCUGAGAAUUAAUUGGACUUUGAAGGAAACUGAAAGAAGGCAGUACGGUGAUUAAGAGUCUUCUCAAACUCCUGCAUGAAGCUUGUGGACUAGGAUUAUCCAUUGCGAUUCUUACGUUGGCAGUACUACCAGUCAGUGCCUGUGCACAAAAGAGUCCAGCGUAGGCUCUGGCUGAUUGGGAUAGUGUGACAUUGCAGCCCUACUCACAAAGAUAUUGGGCCCUAGAGCUGUGGAACAGGAGGAGGUUCUGGUACGCUGAUUCCUAGAAGAACUCAGAUUUAAAAGCAUAGUGGACAGAUUCAAAGAUAAUCUUACAGUGUUUUUUUUUUUUCCCUUCCAAUUGUUCUGUUAUGUGAGUUCUUAUACUAGAAAUCUGAUGUAACGGGAAUGCUUUCAUGAUGGUUUUCUCCAGUAUUUUCAGUAUUCUGAAGUUACUGCGUGCAUGUUGCCCUAUAAGGAAAUAAGAAGGGUAAAAAAUAGAGCCUCAAAUCUGCUUUGCCUUAAUGACAGACUGGUUGGUAAGAACAGAGACACACCUCAGUGAUUAAUGUCUGAAUUAUUUCAGAAAUUAAAUUCACUGCUAGGAAUUAUUUACAGUUUUUUACUGUAAAUCUUUAUUGUACAGAACAACAUGAAGUUAGAUCACUACUGUCUUAGGGAGAAAUCCAGGGAUAGUUAUUGUUCAGAUUACUGAGGUGAUGUGAGGAGAUUAUGUUUGUCCAUGGCUUUUUUUAAUUUUAUUUCAAUCAAGUUGCCAUUUGGCUAAAUAAAUUCAUCUCAGAACUUGUGAGCUAAAAAUGCUUUUUCAUAUGGAAGCUCUUCUCCCCCAUUACAUUUUCUCUGUAAAACAGAACGGAUAGUAUGUUAGCCAAGUUGCGGUGGCAUGUAAUAGUUUGGAUUCAGCCAGUGUUAAUUAGUUCAUUGCUGUUCAGUUUCCCCAUUUCUGUACUUUGAGAUUGUGACAUUACCUUAUUCACAGGAUUUUACAGGUACAAACACAUGCUGUUUUAAAACAGGAACAAAGCUCAUUUGUCUGCUUGGCUUAGAGAACUUCAUUUCCCUUUUCUGAACUCUUCCUCCAUUCUUAAAGUUUCUUGUUGCUUUUUUCAGAACGAAGUGAUAGAUGAUUGCUGUGUCACUCUUGUGAUAGAUGAUUGCUGUGUCACUCUUGUGAAGCUGAAGUAUUUGGUUAUUCAGGUAACCCAGCCUGAAUGCAGGUAUCUUUCAAGUGCAUUAAUCUCUCCACUACUUUAUGAGCAUCUCUGCCUCGUAAGUGAAAACACUUUCUUGAUGUGGAACAAAACGGUUUUAAUUACCGAAGAGUUUUCAGAAGUCAAGUCUGUGUUUUACAUACACAACACAAAACUUUGUGGUUUUCACUUCUUCGAAUUCAGUUAAUAGAGCAGUUCAGGGGAUGGGGUUAAGCCUGACAUGCCUUUAUUCCACACUUGAACAAAAUUUCUUUUUAGCAUUUUUCGCCUUCAUCAUAUUGAUGAAUUUGGACAUAACCUGAUUACCUCCAGUCACUGCUUUGGAAAGGGCACAUACCGAUAGCAGACAGCCUUAUUUACUGCUGCUGUCCUUCAGGUUCCUGGAGAGGAUGUUAGCAUAAAGUACUGGAAUUUGUGUUUUCCAAAGAUAGUUCUCGCACAGAUUGGGGUUCUGUCUGUGGUCCAGUAGUGAGGUCGUGCAGCAUAAUGGCAAUUACUGAAAUAUAUGGAAUUGAAAUACUGUUUGUCAUGUCUCUGCCUGAAUAUAGGCUAGGUUUGUAUGUUAAACCUGUUGAUCUUUCAUGAGGAAGAUUCUGCAAAAUACCGAAAGAGAUGAGCUUUAUUUUAUGUUAACUGACUUAGAAGAUCAUAACCGUAUUUGUUUAGAAAAAGGAAAAAGCCUCCAGUUUGCUGUAGUCAGAGGGGUGCUGUAGUGCUGUAGUCAGAGAGAGAAUGCCUGAUAGCUUCUUUUAGUUGGAUGCUUCCUUCUGUCAGCUAAACGUUUAUCCCGCGUGCCAUGUGAACACUAAGAUUGUGAAAUCCAUAUGCUGUUGAUAACUCUGGUGGCAUUGUUCAAACCUGCAAUUAGAGGUUCUGGAAUACAUCAGGAAACUGUAGAAUGAAAUCAAGAUCCCAGCGUUAAUCUCUUUGCCUUUCCUCUGGGGCAGUUCUGAUGGUUGCCUGUUCCCCAGCUGUGGUUGGUGGGCUUAGCAGAGCAGGGCAGGGCCUCGGGUGGAAUGGGGAAAUAAAGAAGUGAGCAGCACAUAUCUGCAAGGCCGAGAACUUACUGCUCGUGACAAGUAGGCGGCCUAUCUGGAGAAGUAAGAGCAGCCUUCUCUUCCAGUGCUCAUUCUUGCUUUGUUUUAAAGUGUUCUGCUCCCACACCUCUGGUAUUAUUUCUUUUGCCUUUCUGGCAAUGCUGCAAAGAAAUCCAAAUUUUUUUUUCCUGUCAGUAUCCAAAUAGGCUUGAAAAAAUAUGGAUUUAACAUUCUAAUAGAAGGCUGUUGCUCUCUGCUAAAUUGUAAUGUAGCAACGAGCCUAUACCUCCUGAAAUGGGCAGUUUGCAUCUCAUUCUUCACCAGCUGAAGCGGACGAGAUUGGAAUUUGAGCAGUUAGUGUAAUUUUCACAUGCCAUCUUACAGAACCAUUAACAGUUUAUUAUUUCACUCUCAGGUCUUCGUGCUUUGACAAAGUAUUGAGUAUUUCUGUAGCCCCAGCAGGCUUCUUCAUGGGAGGAUUCAGAAGCACAGAGUCUCUUUGGCUCUUUAGAUUAUUGCAUGCUCUCUCUCUCUCUUGCUCUCAGAUCUCUUAAUCAAAAUUAGAAACUUCCAUUGGUAUGGUUGGUUGUAAUAAAAAUGGUGCAUCUAACAUUUAUGAACUAGUUUUCUUGGAAUUAGGAAGCAGCAGGCUUUUCUUAAACAGUUGUUUGCCCCUGGAUAUGGGAAUGUUCCUUAGCAUAAGACAGUAACGUAUUAACCCUGCAGUGUGUUUUAGCUCAGAAGAAAUGAGAGUGCCAAGCAAAGUUCCUCAUUGGAGGACAGUGUUAAAUUUGGCUUGCAGAAAAAAAACAAAUUUAAUCUUUAACUUUGAGUUCAUUUGUGCAGCCUGUGUUGGACUUAGUGAAGGGGUUAGACUGUGUGCUGUUAGCACAGUGUCUCAUCUUGUGGGAGGUCUCUUCCCAAUGUCUUUUGCCUGUAAGGACACUGUCUUUGUUUUGCUCUGAUGGGGUUAUGUAUUAAAAUCACUUUUUCUUUACAUAUGACUAUUCUGUUUCCAGAGUGUGCAUUUCACUGAGUACCUGGCACACCUGUAGUGCACAGUUUGCCAUCCGAGAAGGGCUUUUAUCUUCGUAUGACUAAGAAAGAUGUGGGUUAUUUCUCUGAUGUCCUGCUGCUGCUGCUAGUAGUGCACAGGCAGAUGGACAUAGACCUUUCAGUGUGGCACAACGUGGGAAAGCUGCUUUGUCCUUUGUCCUUUUUCUGACAAGAAAAACUUCUGUGAGAUUCCAAAGGUGUAAUUUGUUUUAGUUUACCAUACUGUAUUUAAAAUACUCCAUAAAUGUUGUUAAUGCUCUUAAAAAAUAAAAUGAAUAUUGCUGCUGGACAGUAUAUUCCACUAAAAACCUGUGAAUGUUUCAUUUUGCAGUUAUAGGCUGUUGUGUCCCUACUGACGGGUGUAAAUUGGUGACUUGUCUGGACUGAUCACCGUAAGAUUUCUGAAACACCUUCUUUGAAGUGCCUUUGACCAAUUUUUAGCAUCAAAAUUUAGUUCAG